AUGAGUGUGAAGGAAUCUGCUUUAAGGUUCACACAAUUGUCGAAGUAUGCACCAACUAUAGUUGUCGACUCUAGGGCAAGGAUGAGCAAGUUCAUUUUGGGAGUGUCCGAAUUGGUAGUGAAAGAAUGUCGUAUAGCUAUCCUUGUCCAUGAUAUGGACAUCUCUCAUCUUAUGGUUCAUGCCCAACAGAUUGAAGAGGAAAAACUUAAGGAGAGGUCUAGGGAGACAAAGAGGGCAAGAAUCUAUAAUGGUAACUCUUCAUACUCUAGGUCCGGUGGACGUGGUCAUUCAAGGUUUCGACAAAGGUUUUUCGGUCAAGGUUCCUCCAAUGCUCCUAAUUUCAACGCAAAUAGUGUAUCUAACCCUAAACCUCAAGGAGGGAAUGUUAAUAGGUCAUUGUUCCCAAAUUGUGCUAAGUGUGUAAGGAAGCAUGAUGGUAAAGGUCUAACGAGUUCCAAUGCUUAUUUUGGUUGUGGUAAGAUGGACCACAAGAUAAGAGAUUUUCCUUCAGUUGCUAACAAUGUAGGAGAUAAACGUCGUAGGGCUCAACCCUAUCCUUCAUCCGGUACAAGUGGUUCAGUUUCGAAUGCUCAUAAGAAAAAUAUGUUUUAUGCACUUUAG